AUCUAACCGGUUGGAAGGAGACUAGUCUGAUCCGAAUAGACAGAAAGCGGCAUGAAAAGCGAUACAAUACAAACUAUUUACAUUUCUGUAUGCUAUGGUCCUCUUCUUCUCUCCGUUUCCGGUCACCGGUUCUCAUCAUCUUCUUUUGAACAAGAUAGAGAUUAGGAGCCUGAUAACACAAUAAACAAAUCUGAAGACUUGUACAACCGGUUAACAAUUACUGUUCAAAAUAAAUGGCUUGUCAAAUGGAAUCCAUGAAUCUGCAGUGGAGAUUGUCAGUUAUAGAGAAUGAUGGCUCAAAGAGAUCAUUUGCACCCCUUGCAACUUCUAGAAUCUACCGAUGUUGUUGUGAGCCAAGUUUCAGUGGACUAACUUCAAAUGUUGGCAUGAAGUCUUUGCCUUUUUCUCGGACCCGUUUCCAGGGAAGAAGAGCUGGUUGGAAAGUAGCUUUAGCCUUGAACACAGAUGGAUUGUCUGGUAAUGAUGAGCAACAAAGCCUCAAUGAUUCUGGUUCCAGUUUUGGUGGCACUCGAUUGGGUAGGAUACUGAGUGCAGGUGGCAGACAGCUUCUAGAAAAGCUGAAUUCAGCUAGAAAGAACUUCCCUAUGAAAAUAUUCCUGGUACUUUUGGGUUUCUACACGGCAAAUGCACUUGCUACAAUCCUUGGUCAAACCGGGGAUUGGGAUGUUCUGGUUGCUGGUAUUGUAGUGGCAGCAAUAGAGGGAAUUGGUAUGCUCAUAUAUAAAAAUCCCGCUACUAUGAGGACUGGGAGGUUGCAGUCUUUUCUAGUUUUGGUGAACUACUGGAAAGCAGGUAUAUGUUUGGGUCUCUUUGUAGAUGCUUUCAAGCUAGGCAGCUAAGGACCAGAAACCUGUCUCUCUUGGUCUCUUCAAUUAAUCAUUGUAUUCUAUAAAAUCAUGGUAAGCCAUAAGUGCAAAGUUGUUUUUCUCUACCUUAGUUCUGUUGAUGAUUGGUGCACUUGAAAUUGUAAUAUAUGAAUACCAUUGUUUAAUGAGGCAUUAUGCACAGUGUAGUGUUGCAUGUGCUUAUGUGAUGGAGAAGUUGUUGUAUUCUUAGCUCAACCUGAAUUCAUUCGGUUGUACAUUUAUUUCAGAAAUCCCUCCGCACAAUCAAUUAUUGAUAUGUUUGUAACUGCAUCAAAUGCCUUUCAUUCGGAUCAUCUAGCAGAAACUAAAAACCGCGGCUUCUUAAAUUCAGGGCAAAUAUCGCAUUGUGGCACAUUUUAAAUGUUGUUGCAGUUUUCUGACUUGAAACCAAACACUCUGUGUGUCUAUCUAUCUAUAUAUAAGUGUUGGAACAAUUAGGGUUUUUAAGAAAAAUGAGAUAGAAGAUUGAAGAGAGAAAAGAGAGAUAAACCGGAAAUCUAAAUUUGUGAAGUUGUUAUUGCUAAAGCUGAUAAGUGUAUUAUGAAUUACAACGUCAUGCUUAUUUAUAGGCAACCAAUGCCAAAGUCCAAAACACACCGUUCAAAUCCACAAUAUACAAAAUUAUAUUUUGGU